AUGCGUACCGCCAUGACGGCUAUAAAGCACUCGCCAACGCUGCAGAGCCUGCGGAGCGACAGCUGGCGCAGCGAGAAGCGCGGCGACGUCUUCUCCGCCGAGCACUUUAAGCGCAAGAACCAGUUCAAGCGGCUGAUUCUCGCGUGCCUCGUGCGAUGGGUGAUGACGGUGCUGCUGGUUGUCGGGGCGUAUCUCGUGCUGUGGAGGUAUUCGGUGAAGGAGGCCAUGUUGAGCAAUAAGAAGAAGGAGUUUAACACGUUAAUUAUUGCCAUUUCGAUUGCGCUGGGUCUGAACAUUGCGAGUUCGAUGAAGCACAUGGUGAGGGAGUUGAGAUGGUGGGUUUUGAGCUGGUACGAGUGGACGCCGAGAGAGGCCGAUUGUAUUCUACAGAGCGAAAACUUUAGCAGUCUCUUCACGCUGGGCUACGUGACACAUCGCCAUUGGGUGAGGGUCUAUGUUUUGUUUUGGGUGUUGAUCAAUGUUGCUUCGCAAAUAGCCGUUGCGACUCUCGGCUUGACUUACAACAUCAAUCCGGCAGACACGGUGGCCGUGACGAAACCCGGAACCGUCUCGGUGCCGGAUAUGAGCAACAUUCAGACAAAUAAAGUGCUUUCGACUAAUUCACAGGCCAUCAGCGCCCUGCGAUACACAGCAAACAAUUAUGGCCUCAUUGCCCUUGCCUACGGAUACGGUGGAGUCGACGAGAUUCCCAAGCCCGGCACGCUCUUCGACACCGACGCCAAUCUGAUGUACUGCAAUCAGAACUCGUGCCAGUACAUCUUCUACGAGGCAACCCCAGAUGACCUGUCAUACUACCAGAUGGUGGCGACGAAUCGAUCGAUUUCGACCCAGGCAACGUGCCAGGGGUGGAAGGUCCUCAAGGGAGGAGACGGGACCCAGCACACGAUUGUCAUUGGAGACGCCAACCGGACCGAGUUUACGAUUCCCGCCCUGAAUGGGGCGUCGCAGACGACCUUUAUGGUUGAUCCCGAUCGGGGCUCCGGGCCAGCGUGGGGGCACGUCUUGGCGUUUGAGGCAUCGCCGACGGAUCCGUGGUUCUACAACUGUAAUGUUACUGUUGGAGCAGUCACCAAUGUCGAGAAUCCGGUGCAAGAGGUUGGUGUGAAUGUCACGACGCUCGCUGCCUCGGCCAUUGCUCUCCAGGGCUACGGCGCCUCGACUUUUGGAGUCAGCACAAACAGUACCAGACAUUUUCAGUUCCAGAGUUAUCCGGCGGAGUCCUUUUACGGAGCAAUUCAGGGAGGCAAUGUGACCGGUAUGGGUCAGGUGAUGGCUUCCUUUGCCGUUGGUGUUGUGGCCAUCACGGCUCAGGUAAACACCAACAUCAAUGCCCCUGGAUUGCUGCCGUUGAAGGGCAUCAGGCUGGACAUUACACAGUGGUUAUAUGUGCAUUUGAUCUUGGGCCUGACGGUGGGACUGCAACUGCUGCUGGCGGUGAUUGCAGCCGCAGUGGCGAGCAGGGUGACGGUGAGGGAUCACAGCUGCGUUGGUUUGGCGGCGGCGUUGCAGCCGUUGCUGUGGAGGCUGGAUUAUAACGGAGGGGCGAGGAUGGCGAGCGAGAAGAGGAUAUUUGAGAAGCUCGGGAAUAGCGUCAGGAUCAGUUAUGAGAAGGGGAGAGGCGGGAUAUACUGCAUCAAGGUAAAGGAUUAG